UCACAAAGAAACCUCCCUCCCAGGCCACAGCUGCAGCCUAUAUAAGGGAUCAGGCUCAGGAGCCUUUUUUCUUGAAUAUUUGAGGGGAGGUGGAUUUUUUUCCUGGCAGCCCUAAGGAGCAUGGAGAGUCCUUGGAGGUUUUGUGUGUGUUUCUACUGCUGGAUUCACUGGCUUUCUUCCAGUGCCCAGUGUUCCCCCCACUCCAGGGACCGCGUGGGCUCUGCCGGGAGCUCGGCGUUCCUGCUCGCUCCCGAGGACAGCCCCGGCAGGCUCCAUCCCUYGCUGCGGCUUCCGAAGGGCCCGAGGCGCGGAUACGCCCCGCUGCCUCCCCUCCUCAAGGUGCUGUCCGAGCAGGGCCGCCAGGACUGGGGGAGCCACAGGCCCAGGCUGCAGCCGGACUCCCGGGCCCUGAGGUUCAUGAAGAGGCUCUACAAGAUGUCCGCUACCAAGGAGGGCAUCCCCAAGGCCAACAGGAGCCACCUCUACAACACCGUCCGGCUCUUCACGCCGUGCUCGGAAUGCGGGCGGCGCCACRGGGAGCUCGCCAGAGGAGACCUUCACCCGGUGGAUUUGCUCUUCAACCUGGACCGCGUGACGGCUCUAGAGCACUUACUGAAGUCUGUCCUGCUCUGUUCCUUCGACACGUCGCUUCCCCUUUCUUCCGCCGCCACAUGCGUGUGCCAUUUAUCCCUCAAGGAGCACGACCUUUCCCGCCCGGUGUGCCCGAGCACUUCGCACUCCGUAGCUUUUAGUUUGCACUUYGAAUUUAGAAAGCGCAGGUGGGUGGAGAUUGACGUGACUUCUUUUCUCCAGCCCCUCAUUGCCACUAACAGGAGGAAUAUCCACAUGGCUGUGAACUUCACUUGCCUGCUGGGCGACCCACAGCGUAGCACUGCCCAGGGCAGCUCCCUGAACGUGGCCCUGCUUCCCCCUUCUCUUCUCCUCUACCUCAACGACACCAGCGAGCAAGCGCAUCACAGGUGGAACUCACUCAGGCACAGGAGGAAAACCCCGGGGUGGCCCCAGCAAGGCGCGCGCCCUGCGGCUGACCGAGGGAAAGAAACGGCGCAGAGGAAAAGGGCUUCCCGACAGCGGCGGGAGGAGAGCGCCAACGAGGCGCCGGCCGCAGCACCCCGUAACGCGAGCGACUACUUCAAGCAGUUCCUGUUCCCCCAGGACGAGUGCGAGCUGCACAGCUUCCGCCUGAGCUUCAGCCAGCUCCAGUGGGACAAGUGGAUAAUCGCGCCGCGCAGGUACAGCCCCCAGUACUGCAAGGGCGAGUGCCCGCGCGCCGCGGGGCACCGCUACGGCUCGCCCGUGCACACCAUGGUGCAGAACAUCAUCUACGAGAAGCUGGACCCGUCGGUGCCRCGGCCCUCGUGCGUGCCGGCCGAGUACAGCCCGCUGAGCGUCCUCACCGUCGAGCCYGACGGCUCCAUCGCCUACAAGGAGUACGAGGACAUGAUCGCAACCAAGUGCACGUGUCGGUAGUGGGAAUCCUACUGGGUUUCCCGUGGGUUGGGAUUUCGUGUGUAUGUGGGUUUUUUUAUUUUGUUUUUUUUGUUAUUUUUCCAAGGAAAUCUGUAAUUCUGUCAGAUGAACAGAUGUCUGUUUGUGUAGUUCUGAUAGCUCUUUGUAAUCAGCUGGGAUUUAGCAUGGGGCUAGUAGAGGGUAUUCACGUAAUAGCACUUAUUUUUGUAGCCACUCAGACUUUCUAGAAUGUGAAGUUAAAUGUAAAUAAUGGUUUUUACUGGAACAGUUUUGCA